AUUUGGGCUUGUGUCCUGGACGAUCGAGGCUUUCAAGCCAAGUUGUGUCACUGGUGCUAAAUCCCCUUUGAAGUUAAUUGACGAAGAUGGCAAAGAGGUUAUCCCAAAAAGCUGUUGCUUUGAGGAAGUCGUGGACACAUGACAUGUCUUGCGAAGAGGACGGAGAUGAAUCAGAGUAUAAUCCAGACCAGGAUGAGGAGUCAAGUAGUGAUGAAAGUAGUGAUAAAUCUUCAGGUCAUGAAAUGGUGCGAGGUGAUUCAGAUGAAGAAAUUGUGGAAGAGGAAUCAGCCAAUACCAAUGUGAACAAAUCAGACCAGUCUAAAAAGAGAAAGCGUCCAAGCAAAGCGAGGAUUAAAAAAGAAUGCCCAGUACCCUACUGUCAUAAGAUUGUUGUUCAUCUGCCAAGGCAUUUGCAAAAAGUGCAUGAUUGGCCAAAACAUCAAGCUCGUGCUGCAGUAUUGCGGUUUAAUUUACGUAAGAAAUAUUCCUUUUCAACUGCAGAGAGUGCAGCUGCUGGCAAUAGGAAAGGGAAAACAAAUGCUGAUGAGCAUGGGCAAAAGAGGUGCAACAAGGAUUACCACAAAAAGAGAUGUUGUCCAAUGGUAGGGCGUUCUGCAGUGGUCAAAAGGUUACCUGCACAUUUGCAAACUGUUCAUGGUUUCAGUCCAAAGUCAUCAAAGUACAAGGCCUUGUUAAGUAAAGCUCUUCCACAACCCAAAAGGCCCUAUUCAGUUCAGAUGAUUGAAAAGAGAGCUGCUGCUAUCAAGAGAAUUGAAACUGAACCACCUAUGCCUGAUAUACCUGUAGUGGAUACUGUGAGAAAUGAUGAAGAUGAAGAAAUGGACUUGGAAGAUUUUGAACAAACUGAGACUUCAACCACAUGUGAUGUGAUUUUAAUUGAAGAUGAUGUGGAUAGCAGCAAGAGUCCUGACCCUGAAGUGUUAGUCAUGCUUGCCAAUUGGUUACAAUCGCCGGAUGGAGGUAAAAAAGAUGAGAAAACAGCAAAACAACAUGUGUCACAGAUAAAAAACAUUUUAUCUCUGAUUGAUGCUGAAAGAAGGGUAAUGUCGCUUUUCGAUUGCUCCCUACUGAAUGACAAAUUCGUAAAGUAUGCGGAACAGAAGUACGUCCCUCAAACAAUCAAAUCGUACUUCAUGAGCCUGCGUCAUUUCUACAGCUAUGUUUUAGCAGAAAAGCCAGUAAUUGAUGCCACAACCGAGCUGGUUACUCAGAUGAUAGAAAAGGUAAAGAGAUGGUCUUCUUCCUACAAGAGAUCUAGCCAGAAAAGAAAGUGGGAAAAGAUGGAAGAAGACAGGGUUGAACUUGUUACACCUGAAAAAAUCCAGCAGUUUGAAAGAAGUCAGACUGGCAGGGAUGCUGUCGUUUUGCUGGGAAAAUUGAGUGGAGCACACAGUAUUGAGAUCACCCAAAGUCACUAUACUCUUCUGAGGGACUUUCUUCUCGUGCAAAUUUCGAUCGACAAUGCAAACCGGGCAGGAGUGCUGUCAAACAUGACUCGCAAGUCAUUCUUACUAGCAAUCUGCAAAACUGGAUCAGUAUCUUUAUAA